GAAUCCAGAAACUAAAUAGUUUUUCUUGGUGGAAGAGAACAGAGAGAGGGAGAGAGCAACGAUGGAGACGAAGGCAGUGAGAAGCGAAGCGAUAGAGAGCAUAUCGGAGCGGCUAUCGGCGUCGGAGGACCUCUACUUCCCUCGCGCCCUGCAAUCCACCAUCAUCACUCCCUCUCAGCGCAAGUCCAUUCUCCUCGACCUCCUCUCCCGCGACGCCGCCGUCUUCUUAGAACGUUACGGAUCAAAAUUAACGUCUGAUGAGCUACUGGAGUUUGAUGCGCUGACAGAUGACUAUGAAGUCAGCUGGCAUGUGAAGCAUUUGAGGAGUUUACUGAGCCCGACUUCGGAUGAAUUGAAGUCCAGGGCAGUUCAAGUGAAGAACCGGAGGCGAGCAUACCUGAAUAAAUUGAUAUUUGAUGGAAAUUAUUUCUCAGAGGAUUCAAUGAGGGAGAGAGAGCCCUACUUGCAUCAUGAGUAUGUUGGGAAGUUUCAGGAUCAGAGUGGUAGGGGCAUGGCAAGACCUGGGGAGCGGUGGUCGGACACUUUGUUGAGGAGGUCAGAGGAAGCGAUUUUGGUUGCAAAGAUUAGAGGGGAGCAACAGAGAUUGGGCGUUGAUGAGAGUGAAUGGGUUGGCGGUGAGAGAAUUCAGCAAGUUGAGGAACAGGAGGAGGAGGAAGAAGAAGAAGAGGAGGAGGAGGAGGAGGAAGAGGAAGAGGAAGAAGAAUCUAACAAGGGUAAUGGGGGCACACAAUCAUCAGAGAUGCUGGUGGAUCCUCCUAAUGUGGCCAGUGGUCCUGAAACCGCAGACCAUCCGGAUGCGCCCAAUGUUGCACAAGCAACCACCGCAGGGCAGAGUGAGCAAGCAACUGUAUCCGCAGAAGAGUUGCAAGAUCUGAUGGACCAGUUCACCUUCAUCAUGCAUGAGAAAUUUUUGUUGGGAGAAGAUCAUGAGUACUUGGAUUACUCAAAGAUAGACAAUGAUGAGACAUUGGAUGAUCACUGGCAGAGGGAAGCCAACGAUGACGCUGAAGAGAAGUACUUUGAUGAGGAUUAACAAAAGGUGAAGCGUGUUUAUGGUUUUCUCUGCACUCAAAGGCUCCUAACUCGAUGUUAAUAUUUUUGUUUGAUAGAGUAUUCAUAACCUAGUGCUCCUGCUGUAACUAUAUCCUACUUUCUCUGUACAUUAUAUGUAACCGCCUGUUUGUCUUGGUAGUUUGCUGAGUUUUCCAACUUGAUCUUCCUUUGAGUAUUUGAUUCUUUUGUUCGCCUUGACAAUUGUCACUUGGAUUAUCCAAACAGAGUAAGACACUGUCCCAUUGUUUUCAUAC